AUGACCACUAACAUUUCAAUUGCUGAUGGCGAGAAGAUAAUGCGACUGUUUAAACGGCAUCUUCCAAAUUUACCAACAAAUAUAAGAAAGCUUCUGAAAAUUAGUGAAUCCUGCCCCUCAACUGCUAUCGCUAAGGACGUCGCCUUCUCGUAUGAGUCACAUUUGUACGAAAACAAGGGAGGGGUGAGCAGUGCUACUACUACUACAAGUACCCCAAUUAUAUCACCCGAAGAUACUAGCUCACUUCAAGACUUGCUUAAUGCCCUGAACAAGUUGGCAGAUAAUGUGAUCAGACUUAGUGAAUCGACAAUGAAACUGAGUCAGUCUCUCGACUCCCUGCUGCAUAAAACUACCAAUAAAGGCACGAGUGAUGAUGAUGAUGAUGACGAACAUGAUUUUAAGCUACCGAUUAAAUCAUUGGCUUUGCUGCACAUUUUCGACAGCAAACUGGAACAUAAGGAGUAUUUUCAACAAAUAAUGUGUCAACUUUCAUUCAAGGUGCAAAAUGACGCAGUGCGAUCUACGCGUCGUUUGUUGAGUACAAUCCUUGAUAAAAGCCUGGCAAGAAUGAUGACUUACAAGGGUACUUCGUGCAAGAUUGGUGUCCGUAACUAUCGAUUUUUCCAAAUUAUAACUGAUGUCAUCGUUCGUAAACAGUUAACACUUGGGCGCAAUGAGAAGGAAACACUUGAUACGAUAGUCAAAGCCACUAAAAAUUGGUGUCAUGAUCAACGGCUUCGAAAAAAAAUUGGGAUUACUUAUCAGAAGAGGUGUGCGUCAACGUCAUUCAACCUGAUCCCAGCCAAUCACUGUCCACCCUCCCCUCAAAAAUAAUUUAUGAAAUCAUUUUUGUAAACGUGUUUUAACCCUUCUUACUAUUUUCAAGACACCUAUGUUUAACUGUAUAGAAUAUACUAUUCCCUCACUGCAUUUGCUUUAUUUUAUAUCAGUG